GAUGGAUGAGCACAUGAGAAGUAUGCUCCACCAUCGUGAGCUGGAGAAGCUCAAAGGCCGGGACUGCGGACACGAGUGCAGAGUGUGCAAGGUAACGGUGGUGAGCCUGACCGAUUAUGCCAGCCACAUUUCCAGUCCAACGCACAAACAGAAUGUGGAGGCCACAGAACAUAAGUAUGCUGGGAACGACCGUGAAGAGGACUACUUCGACCAGGCGUUGGUGGACCUGAUUGAGAAGAGAAAAGAACAGCUCAGAAAAGAAAAGGAGGCUGCUGCUGCAAAGCUGGCAAAAGAAGAAGAGGCUCGAAGGAAAAAGGAGGAGAUGACUCAGAGGUUAAAAGAAGCUAAGGAGCACUACCGGCUGCAGUAUGCCUUCAAGCAUCAAUCGCAGGGUUUUGGUGGAUCCACUCACCACAGAACUUGGUACAGGGGCAACCAAUAUAAUUCCAAUGCAGAUGCACAACCCUGGCAGCACAGUAAACAGGGAAAGAGUGCCACCUGGCAUGCUCAGGAGCCUCCCAAUCUUCAGAAGUUUGGAUCUGGGGAGUUUGGUGGUGGAAGCUUUCAUAGCCAGGAAGGUUUGGGCAACAAGCAGUGGGAUCAUGGUGCAUUUUCUGGCAAUCAACGAAGUCGACUGCCUUGGCUCAGCAAUGGAGGCAGUAGUAACGGGGUCUAUGGUCGAAACAACAUUGCCCAGAACCACCAAAAGAGCCGGCCCCUGAGCCUUUUAGGGCCUGUUCCUCUCUAUCCCCCUCCACCCUGUUUUUUUGGCCAGGCUCUUAACCAGUUUCAAAAUACAGGCAAUGGCCUGGGAGGUCAGCACUGUGAUGGGCUUAAGAAUGGGGAGGGGCAGACAGCAGAACCUGACCACAGCAGCAGUAAGAGCUCUAAGGCCUUUGGUAGCAAUCCAAAGCUGGACAAAGCCUGCCGCUGGUCGCCCUAUCCUGUCACAAAGGGUUUUGAAUCCUUACCCAAUAAGGAUACCAACCCAAACUCAUCAGAGAAGCACCCCAUAGUCCCCAAACCCCAGAAACAGGAUAAGGCACAGGAAACCAGUGCUUUUAACAGACAGUCCCGACCUGAACAGAAACCGGGACAGUUGACCUCGAGUGGACAAAGUAUGGAAGAGAAAGGGAGACAUAAAACGAGCCCCAAAACCAAACCCAGAGAAAGGAGUAGCAGCGGCAGUAGAAGCAGCAGUGCUCAGACAGACGCCCCCCAGAACGCCGCAUCCGGUCCCUCAAAUCAGAAGGCAAUUAAGCCAUUGCUACAUAAAGAUUGGAAGAUGUCCUCACUUCCUGGUCUCAACGGUGGUGCUCAACACAGCAUGGCCUCAAGUCAAGCGCACCCACAAUCAAAAUCAACCGCAAAGCCGAGUGGAUUCAGUUCCCAGGCUCCACCUGUCGGGCCCCUUCUGUCAAGGCAAGAACGGCAGCUCCCAGAAACAUUCAAGAAAGCCAGACAGAUUGUGUUAGAAAAGAGGGGCUCUUUGGAUAGCUCUAGAAACAACAGGAUGGAAAUGACACUGCACAUUGUGGAGGAGCAGCAGAGGGAUCACGUACAGAGUCAGAUUGGCAUGAACAAAGAAAACAGGCAGAAUGCAGCUAAAACAAAUCUGCCUGACUCAGCCAGGCUGGAAAAGCCCGCGUUGCAAUCUUCAGACAGCAGCCAGUUUCUCCAAUCAUUGCAAGUCAGCACUUCUACCACGGAGAGCUCCGAGCCUGCAGCCUCAAGCCGGGAAGACGAGGAGAACAGGAGGAGAGUGGAGAAGGAAACGUGCCCGGGGGCCCCAGAUGAAGCCAUGCAGGCUGUCGAAGCCGGGCAGAGCUCAGAGAGUGACACCUCCAGGAGUGGUGAAGCUCAGACGGGCUCAGGGUCAAACACAUCGAGUCUGUCCAAACUUGACCUGCCUCCCGUCUUGAAACGUGACCUGACCAAACACAUCAGCACCAAGAGUAAAACGGGUGGCCAUGAGCCCAACCUGAACAUUGCCAGACGGGUGCGAAACCUGAGCGAGUCGCGGCGAAGUGACACAGAAAAGGACUCGGGGCUCAAACCAACUGUGCGGCAGCUCAUCAGCUCCUCCGGGUCUCGACGCAAUGUGAACUGGGAACAGGUGUAUCAGGAGGUCAGGAAGAAGCAAGACAAAGGGAAAGGCAUGCCGAGGUUUGGGAUAGAAAUGGUGCCGAUAGAGCAGGAGGACCAGAGCCAGGAGGAAGAGGACAUUCCCCUGCUAGAGGGUUUCCAGUGGGAGUCUAUGAUGGACAACUCUGCCUCCCGAAAGCGUUCCUUAUCCGAGAGCAGCAUCGCCCCUGCAUCCUCUCACUCCCUGUUUACAUCCCUCAUGUCAAAGGAGACGGCACAAAGAGAAGCCCGAAGCUCAGAGCAGCAGGGAUCCUCCGUUUCUCCCGAUCCCAUAUUCGCUCAAGGGAACAAAGACACUCAACGUCAGCAAGAGGUGGAGCAGAUGCUCGGCCAGUUUGAGGCUUUAGCACAGAAGCAGCCAGACAAGCUAACGUCUGCGACAGUGAAGGCCCUCCAGCGGUCUGAUUCAGUGCUCGGCGACAGCAGUUCGGGGACGGAGCUGUACGACAGCCAGGGAACAGGAAAAAGACGAAGAGCAGCUGGGGACGUUCCAAGUGCAGAGACGUCUUCCUUGAAACACAAUAACAAAAGAAGGAAAGUCAAAUCCAAAAAAGAGCGUUUACAGAUCGACCAGCUGCUGGCUGUGUCUCUGCGGGAGGAAGAGCUGAGUCGCUCCCUGCAGACUGUGGACACCAGCCUGAUCCAGGCCCGGGCUACGCUGGAGGCCGCCUACAUAGAGGUGCAGCGUCUCAUGGUGGUUAAACAGCAGAUGACUGGAGAGAUGAGCACACUGAGAAACAAGCGCAUCGAGUUACUGAAAGGAAUGCAAGGUAGUUUGGAGGAAGCACCUCAGGUCAAACUGAAAGAAGAAAAGAUGGAUUCAGUAGAAGCUGAGCCACACAUGCCCUCCUCCAUUCUGCUCUCCUCUGACUCUGCUGCCCCCCCCAGUCCUGGUCCUCCUGCCGAGCGUGCCUCCCCUCCCUCCUCCAGCCUCCCCUUUAUGCCUUUAGUUAUCAAACAGGAGCCUCUGUCUCCUGUCCAUGUCUGCUCAGAGCCGGACCCUGUGGGCAAUAUAACCCACUGUGCUCACAGCACCACUCCCGAGCUGCCUGUCGCUCCUGCUGCAGCCUCUCCGCCAGACCCUACCCUUCAUUUCCAGCCAUCUUCUGAAAGAAAGCCAGAGCUGUACCAAACGAACACAGAACACAAUUGGGACAACUUUGCCGAGCCUGCAGACUGCAAGGAGAGCUUGUCGGCACUGGUUGAGACAAUGGAAAAGUCCAUACAGGCAAAUCAAAACUCUCUUACCUCUUUGUCUGACUCCAAAACUCCCAUAAAGCUUCUCUUGGCCAGCAGGAGGGGCUCCGAGGAGGGGAGCGUUAUUGACUGUGCAGCCACACAGUCCUUUGAGCCCCCCUCCAUCCUCAAUCUGCCUGCCUCUCCAUCUGAACUGAGGAACGGAAAGCGUGUAAGGAAGCUGAAGAAGAGGAAGGUGUUGAAGAAGGCCCAGGGGACGGAGCAGGCCGAGAGCAGUGACACCGAGAUAGAUGGGGAGGCCUUGAGGCCGAGGUGGCUUCGACCACGCAGGAGAAGCUCCCAGGUCAGCACCUCCACUCUCCCUUCAGAAGAUAGAGAGGGCGACAUGAACAUGGAGGGCGUUGAGGAAGCAUCUAGACGGCUCUUUCCGACCAUCAAACUUCAGAAAGAAGACCCCAAAUCCCCCAAACACAUGGUGGAGCUUCCCAAGGUAGCCCGUGCCGAACUUGCGCUGAGCUUGGAUUCAGAAGAAAGCAUGGAGGUCACCGCAGCCGGUCAGCAGCCCCACAUGGCUGCCCUGGUUCCAGCUUUCCCUCCAGCCCAGCUCCCAGACUCCUCCAGACCCGAGCCGCAGAGCCUGGCCUGCAACGAGGUCACCUCCACCAGCGACAUGGAUGUGUGUCGAUCCUCGGAGAGUGACAUGCCGUUUCCCAUCACGUUGCCUACGAUAACGAAGACCUCAUCAGAUGCGUUCUCUGACCACGGUGAGGAUGAUUUGCCCACCGAGGGUGUGUUCGAGGGCCACCAGGAGGCGGUGAACGCCAUGCAGAUCUACAACGGGCUGCUGUACACGUGCUCCGGAGACCGGACUGUCAAAGCCUUCGACCUGGUGAGUCAUAAAUGUGUCGGUGUGUUUGAGGGUCACAGCUCCAAAGUGAGCAGCCUGUUGGUGUCGGCGGCUCCCAGCCUGCACCAUCGCCUUUAUUCCGGGUCCAGUGACCAGACCAUCUGCUGCUACAGUCUCAAGACGCGAGAACUGGAGCAGCAGUUCUCUCUGUCAGACCGAGUCCUCUGCCUCCACAGUCGAUGGAAGACUUUGUUUGCCGGUCUGGCAAACGGCACAGUGGUGACCUUUAACCUCAAGACAAACAAGCAGAUGGAUGUGUUUGAGUGCCACGGGCCGCGAGCCGUGAGCUGCCUGGCCUCGUCGCAGGAGGGAGCCCGGAGGAUCCUGCUGGUCGGCUCCUACGACAGCACCAUCAGCGUGAGGGACGCCAAGAACGGCCUGCUGCUGCGCACACUGGACGGACACAUCAAAACUGUGCUCUGCAUGAAGGUGGUCAAUGACCUGGUAUUUAGUGGAUCCAGUGAUCAAUGUGUCUACGCACACAACAUCCACACAGGAGAGCUGGUGCGGGUCUAUAAGGGCCACAGUCACGCUGUCACCGUGGUGUCCGUCCUGGGGAAGGUGAUGGUGACCGCCUGUCUGGACAAACUGGUCCGCAUCUACGAUCUACAGUCUCACGACCAGCUGCAGGUCUAUGCUGGACACAAGGACAUGGUGAUGUGCAUGGCUAUCCACAAGAACAUGAUCUACACGGGCUGUUACGACGGCAGCGUGCAGGCCGUCAAGCUGAACCUGAUGCAGAACUACCGCUGCUGGUGGCACGGCUGUUCGCUGGUGUUCGGGAUGAUGGAGCAUCUGCAGCAGCACCUGAUCAACGACCACACCGGUGCCAACUCCCAGACGCUGAAAUGCCGCUGGAAAAACUGUGAAGAGUUUAUCUGUGCACGCAACAGCUCCAAGCAGGGCAUGCUGAUGCACAUGCAGAAACAUGCUGAGGAGACUGAACUGGAGCCUUAAGGGCUGCUGGUGGGAACACUGAGCCCUCCCUCCCUUCCCUGCUAUCUUUACCCCCCCCCCUCCUCCUCCCUGUAAACCUCCCAUAUUGGGGGGGGGGAAAUGAUGUUGGGACCCACUUAACCUAGCAGCGCUCCUGUCGAGCCUGACGACUCCAUACUUUUUGUUUGGUGUUGGAAUCCGACCAUAAUACAAUCGUGAAAGGAGGGUUGGUUGUGCUGUUGUUGUUUUUUACGUUCUACAAAAACGCGCCUUCCUCUCUCUCUUUUUCUCUUUCUGUCUGACCACUGCAGUUCCUCUACUCACUGACCAAAGUAAGACAAAGAAACACGUGAAUUUUGUCAAUUGAAGAAACUUCAGCGUUGCCGGUAUCAGAGGGAUUUGUUAACGCUUUUUUUUUUUGUUGUGUUUAAAACCGCAACAGAAACCGAUAAUCGUCUUCCAGGUUGGUUGGCCACAAUAUGGCAUGGGCUGAGAGAUGUUUUUGUUGUUGUAGUGCAGUUAUGAUGUGUCACGUUGAGCAACCUGUAGUCAUUUUUACUUUUCUUAAGUUGCUAAUAUUCACUCAAAGUAACCUUCGGUUUAUGAAUAUGAGUGAUGAAGUUUUCUGUCUCCCGGGCCGGUGUGUGCGAUUCCUUGUUUCAACAGAGUUUCAUUGAAGUGACACAAAUUUAUUUAUUUAAUUUUUUAUUGUGUUCAGAAAACAAAUUUCUAACACGCAUCUUCUUUUGUUUUGUUAGCGGUUUAGGAUCCCAUUCUUUUUGUUGUUGCUCAGUGAUAUUAAGGCGUCGAGGGACUUUGGUGCAGUGCUGUGUGACUUGGCCUGAAGUUGCCAUUUGAGAAUUUCCAUUUGCAGUGAUAACGAUGGUGGCGUGUGUGUGUGAUUGUGUGUGCGUGUCGUCCUACGCGUUUAUCGUGUGGUUUUAUUCGUCCUAAAUGUCAACAAAGUGGUUCAACCUCGUUUGGUGAACCCUGUUUUCCAUGAGUGAGUGUGCUGCAUUGUUUUUUUUAAUGACACAGUUUCCUCCUUGGAGAUGUUGGUUGUUUUUUUUGGGGAAAUUUAGUUUUUUAAAAUUUGGAGCAUGGAGCAGAAGGCGCCAACGCUGUUUUUCCCACAGUAAAGGGUAGUUUUUCUAAAGAAGUGUGGAGGUGAAGGAUGUUUGGAGGAGGUGUUCGAUGGAGGAGCUUGAAGGGAAGAAUUAGGACUCAUCUCCCAUGCCAUACCUCAUCCCCUAAAACAGGCAAGUUGGUAACACACAGCCACUUUUUUAAAAGGCAUUUUCAACCAAUUUUAACCAGUGUGAAAGCCCAGCCGAUGCUCUCUUUUUGGCAGACUUUGGUGUGGUUCCAGCUCUCUUGGUUGUGUCCUCUCUCUGUUGAGGAGUCCACAGCUGGCAUCUUCCAAACUCUGCUCAUCUGCUCAUUGUUUAUAUCUGAGAAAAAGCGUGCACUUCACUUCUCUUACCUGGCAUUCCUGAGUUUCUUCAAGUUUUUCAGUUAUCAAAAGUUGUGAAGAGAUAUUUUUUAAGAAAGUGCAAUCUAAGACAUUGUUAUUAAUAAUAAUAAAAAAUGUUAAAAGCC